GGGGCCUUUCCUCUCCCGCGGCUUCCUCGGAUGGAGGGAGACUUCGGCUUUGGCCCGUCUGCGGGAGAGACCUCCGCAGUGUCCUUUGAGGAGGUGGCCGUGUUCUUCACGGAGGAGGAGUGGGAUCUGCUCAAUCCAGGCCAAAGACAACUCUACUGGGAAGUGAUGCGGGACAAUUACGAGACCGUGGCCUCUGUGGAUGUGCUGAAUAUGGCAACUGAGAAGGAAUUAGAAAGAGUGACUGUGGAAAGAGGGGGAAAUCUCCAGACAGAAGUGAAAACUAGGGUUCAAGUGGUACCCAAGAGGGACCAGAGAAGGCAAAGGAAAGGCAAACAGAAGCGGAGGAAGAAAUUAGUUGAUCAUCAGAGCAGGGAGGUGCCUGAGGACCCAGCUCAAAAGUUAAUAAAGAAGAGAAAGAGAAGGCAAACAGGUGCAGUGAUUAUGAAGUUACCUAUACAUCAGAGAAUGCACACAGGGGAAAAGCCGUAUAAAUUCUUCGAGUGUCAGAAGAGCUCCUCUCGGAAUGGAACCCUAAAUAUCCAUCAAAAAAUUCACAGACAGGAAAGGCCAUACAGAUGUUUUGAAUGUGAUAAGAGCUUCGCUCUGAAAUGCUUCCUAACUAGACAUCAAAAGGUUCACACAGGGGAGAAACCUUAUAAAUGCUUGGAGUGUGGGAAGGGAUUCUCUCGGAAUGGUCACCUAACUGUCCAUCAAAAGGUUCACACAGGGGAGAAGCCUUAUAAAUGCUUGGAGUGUGGGAAGAGUUUCUCUCAAAAUGGCAGCCUAACUAGUCAUCAAAAGGUUCACACAGGGGAGAAGCCAUAUAAAUGCUUGGAGUGUGGGAAGAGCUUUUCUCGAAAUGGCUACCUAAAUAUUCAUCAAAACGUUCACACAGGAGAGAAGCCUUAUAAAUGCUUGGAGUGUGGGAAGAGCUUCUCUCAGAAUUCCCACCUAACUGUCCAUCAAAAGGUUCACACAGGAGAGAAGCCUUAUAAAUGCUUCGAGUGUGGGAAGAGCUUUUCUCUAAAAGGCUACCUAAAUAUUCAUCAAAAGGUUCACACAGGGGAGAAGCCUUAUAAAUGCUUGGAUUGUGGGAAGAGCUUUUCUCAAAAUGGCUACCUAAGUAUUCAUCAAAAGGUUCACACAGGGGAGAAGCCUUAUAAAUGCUUGGAGUGUGGGAAGAGCUUUUCUCAAAAAGGCUACCUAAAUAGUCAUCAAAAGGGUCACACAGGGGAGAAGCCUUAUAAAUGCUUGGAGUGUGGGAAGAGCUUCUCUCGGAAUGAAGCCCUACGAAUACAUCAAACAGUUCAUAGAAGGGAGAAGCCAUACAAAUGUCUUGAAUGUGGUAAGGGCUUCUCUCUGAAAUCUCUCUUAACUCGUCAUCAAAAAGUUCACAUAGGGGAGAAGCCAUAUAAAUGCUCGGAGUGUGGGAAGAGCUUCUCUCGGAAUUACCACCUAAGUAUCCAUCAAAAGGUUCACACAGGAGAGAAGCCAUAUAAAUGCUUGGAGUGUGGGAAGAGCUUCUCUCAGAAUUCCCACCUAACUGUCCAUCAAAAGGUUCACACAGGAGAGAAGCCUUAUAAAUGCUUGGAGUGUGGGAAGAACUUCUCUCAAAAUAGCAAGCUAAGUUCCCAUCAAAAGGUUCACACAGGCGAGAAACCAUUUAAAUGCCUGGAGUGUGGGAAGAGCUUCUCUCACAAUAGCAACCUAACUCACCAUCAAAAAGUUCACACAGGGGAGAAGCCUUAUAAAUGCCUGGAGUGUGGGAAGAGCUUCUCUCACAAUAGCAACCUAACUUACCAUCAAAAAGUUCACACAGGGGUGAAGCCUUAUAAAUGCUUGGAGUGUGGGAAGAGCUUCUCUCACAAUAGUAUGCUAAAGACACAUCGAAAGGUUCACACAGGGAGAAGCCUUAUAAAUGUUUAGAGUCUGGAAAGAGCUUAUCUUGGAAUGUAACCCUAGGUAUAUAGCAAACAAUUCAUAGAGGGGAGAAGCUAUCCAAAUGUUUUGAAUGUGUUAAGAG